AUGGCAUUGUGUAAUUUUUCUAUCUUUUUCCUUUCUUUCUUUUUCCUUUCUUUCUUUUUUCCUUUCUUUCUUUUUUCCUUUCUUUCUUUUUUCCUUUCUUUCUUUUUCUUUCGUUCAUUUUCUUUCUUUCGUUCAUUUUCUUUCCUUGAUGUUCUUUCUUUUUUGUCCACUCUUUUUUUCUUUCUUUCGUCAAUUCUUUCUUUCUUUUUUGUCCACUUUUUUCUUUCUUUCUUCUGUCCAUUCUUUCUUUCUCUUUCCCGUCACUUUCCCUCUCACUCUUUCUCUCUGUAUAUCUCACUCACCCAUCUCCUCAACUUCUCUCGUUCUCUUCCCUUUUAUCUCAUAAAUGAAUUUUUUCUUUUUUUAUUUUUCUCUUCUUUUUCUUUAUUUUUUUUUCCUUUCGAUUUUUUUCUUUCUUUUCUGAAUUUUUCUUUUUCUCUAUUUUUACUUUCUUUGCUUUCUCUUAAUUUUUUUCUUUCUUUUCUUUUCUUUUGA